AAGGCAAAGUGGACUUCUGCUCCUCAGCAUCCUUAUAACGAUGUAAUAACAGGUUUUUCUGCGCGCACGUCUUCCACUGAAGCCGCAUCCAAGUGCGUCAGAGCCGAGCGGGCCGCGUUACGCAUGGAGAGCGCUCGGGACUGAAGGAUUCUUCUCGUGUUUAUCUAUUUGUUUGUAUGAUUUUAGCUCCGAAGCAAGAGGGAAAAAGUUAUUCCACUCGUCCUCACACAGAAAAUGAGUAGCCGUCUCUUCCGACUGGCACUCCUCGUGGCUUGCGUCCUCUCCAUCCGCUGCACCGUCGCGCCCGGGACUGAGACGGAGGCGCACACGGCGUCGUCCCGGGAUACCUGCGCAUCCUGCGCCGCCGCUCAGCCCGAGGAUCCGGAAUCGGGCCGCGUGGACGGGGACUUUCUGGAGACGGUCAAGAAGCACAUCCUGAGCCGGCUGCAGCUGCGGGAGAGGCCCAACAUCACGCACCCGGUGCCGAAAGCGGCCAUGGUCACGGCGCUGCGGAAGCUCCACGCGGGGAAGCUGCGCGAGGACGGGAGGGUGGAGAUCCCCAACCUGGACGGACAUCCGAUGAGCAACGAGGUGCUGGAGGAAAGCUCGGAGAUCAUCAGCUUUGCAGAGAAAGAUGACCUGGUCACCUCCAAGUCCAGCCUGUUCUUCCUGAUCUCCAACGAGGGCAACCAGAACCUGCACGUGAGCCAGGCCACCCUCUGGCUCUACUUCAAACUGCUGCCGCUGGAGGAGCGCGGGAAGCGGAAGGUGACGGUGAAGGUGUACUACCAGGAGCCCGGCCUCGGCAGCAAGUGGAACCUGGUGGAGAAGCGGGUGGAGCUGAGGCGCAGCGGCUGGCACACCUUUGCGCUGACUGAUGCCGUGCGGAUGGUGUUCGAGAAGGGCGACGACAGGCGGCAGAACCUGGACGUGCGCUGCGAAGGCUGCGAGACGGAGGGUGUUGUCCCCGUCCUGCUCAACCUCAAUGACGAGGCGCACCGGCCCUUCCUGGUGGUGCGGGCGAGGCAGGCGGACAGCAAGCACCGCAUCCGGAAGCGAGGGCUGGAGUGCGAUGGCAGCAGCAGCCUGUGCUGCCGGCAGCAGUUCUACAUAGACUUCCGACUCAUCGGCUGGAACGACUGGAUCAUCGCGCCGUCGGGCUACUUUGGGAACUACUGUGAGGGGAACUGUCCGGCCUACAUGGCGGGCGUCCCCGGCUCGGCCUCCUCCUUUCACACGGCGGUGGUGAACCAGUACCGCCUGCGGGGGAUGAGCCCCGGCUCCAUGAACUCCUGCUGCAUCCCCACCAAGCUCAGCACCAUGUCCAUGCUGUACUUCGACGACGAGCUCAACAUCGUGAAGCGGGACGUUUCCAACAUGAUCGUGGACGAGUGCGGCUGCGCUUAACUGUUGUCUCUUUAUUUAACUGAAGAACUGGACAGAUUCACUACAACAACAAAAAUGGAUAUAGACACAAAAUAUUUAUAGACGAUAUAAAAACAUGCGCACACACACCUCAUCCACACAUAUCUACACACCCUCAUGUAUGCCUGCACAAAAACUUGUAUAUAUAUUUAUGUUUGUUGACAUAUUUGGUUAUAUCCUCUGUCCAGUCUCCUUUAAGCAUAUGGAAAGAGUUCUCUUCCUGAACUUAUCCUCUUUGGAAACAAUCAAAACCUGCAGCUCCUCAUUAGAUAUCUCCAAGACAGUGAGGAAGACUACAAAAUCAUCAUCUGAUGAAAUUUCCUGCUUAUAGUCAUGUUGUUAGAGUAAAACCCGACCUUAAGAAUAAUGUCUCCACAGGAGGUGUAGGGAGCCUUAAGUCAGCUAUGCCGCUUUCUUAGGAUGAAGGCUCUACAAACAUAUAGCACUUCUGGUCAGACACAUUGUCCAGACAGAAAGAAGCAUGUUCUACACGGUGAGCAUUACACAGCCACAAAUAAAUCUCCAAAGAAAGGCAGAAGUGUGAGAAGUUACCCCUGAAAUUAAAGUAGAGUCUGACUGAGGGCUAAAAACAUACAACCAGCGUAUUGGGAUGGCUCAGAUUCCUUUCUGAUUAUUGUCUUUUUUUCAUUUUACCCCUAAAACUAGAAAAGUUACCUUCAUCCUUCCUUUCUACAAAGAAUGGCUCUAGAUUUUUGAUUGACAGAUGACGUAUUCAUGUUUAACCACAAACAUGUCCAUUUCCCUUCAAACUGUAUCGCCAGUCAAACAGCAGAGUUAAGGUGCCGGCUUCAUGCUCUUUCCAUCCCGUUCCAUCACAAAAACAUCCAGGCUGCCCUACAGCUUGUGGCUCAGUUGAUUAAAUCAAUACCCUUCCGUUUUAGUCUUUGUGUCAUCAAAGGUGAAGAAAACAUCUAAAAUCAAUCAAAAAAGUAGUUUAUCCCAUUUUUUUGCUUAAAGAAGUUGGAAUGAAUAUCAGGAGGAACCUCACGUUUCUGUCUUUCUUCGUAUUUGGGAGCUUCCCUGUAGUUUCUUCUCAUGAGGGAAGCUGCCUUCUCUUUAAUUCAGUCAGUGAAAGUGAAAAGUUGCCAUAUUGUUCAGUUUGGUGCAGCUUUGCACUCCCCAAAGCACACUUUAAAAGCACUUGCAGAUUGAAAUGCCUUUAAUAAGCCCUUUGUGAUGCAUCAUCACUGCCCACAGUCCUUCUGAAGUAAAUAAGUGCCGCAUUAGCUAUGCAAUGUAUAGUAUGUACCCACAUAACAUACAACUGAGGCUCAUAGUGACAAACCAUCACCUUUACUUGAAAUGUGAGAAUGGGAGGCAGCACCAGGGGCAAGAUCUAGGUGGGAGGCCAUCAUACAACAUCUGUAAAACCGAUUUAUUCAUUAUCUUUAUAAGGACUGGACUUUCCUGCAUAUUUAUAGGACUGGACUUUAUCGCAUAUUUUAUAGAACUUGACUUGACGACAUAUUUUGUAGAACCUGAUUAUAUCGCAUAUUUUGUAGAACUUGACUCUACAACAUUUUGUAGAACUUGACUUUAUCGCAUAUUUUGUAGAACUUGACUUUAUCGCAUAUUUUGUAGAACUUGACAUAACGACAUAUUUUGUAGAACUUGACUUUACGACAUAUUUUGUAGAACUUCACUUUGACAUAUUUUGUAGAACAUGACAUAACGACAUAUUUUGUAGAACCUGACUUUAUUGCAUAUUUUGCAGAACUUGACACUACGACAUUUUGUAGAACUUCAUCGCAUAUUUUGUAGAACUUGACUUUGCGACAUAUUUUCUAGAACUUGACAUAACAACAUAAUUUGUAGUACAUGAUUUUACAACAUAUUUUGUAGAACUUGACUUUACAACAUAUGUUGUAGAACUUGACUUUACGAUGUAUUUUGUAGAACUUGACUUAACGACAUAUUUUCUAAAACUUGACUUGACGACAUAUUUUGUGGAACUUGAUUUUAAGACAUAUGUUGUAGGACUUGACUUUACAACAUAUUUUGUAGAACUUGACUUUACGAUGUAUUUUGUAGAACUUGACAUAACGACAUAUUUUGUGGAACUUGAUUUUACGACAUGUUGUAGGACUUGACUUUACAACAUAUUUUGUAGGAUGACGUCUCAUAUUUUGUAGGACUUGACUUUACAACAUAUGUUGUAGAACUUGACUUUAUGACAUAUUUUGUAGAACUUGACUUUACAACAUAUUUUGUAGGAUGACUUUAUCUCAUAUUUUGUAGGACUUGACUUUACAACAUAUUUUGUAGAACUUGACUUUACGAUGUAUUUUGUAGAACUUGACUUAACGACAUAUUUUCUAAAACUUGACUUGACGACACAUUUUGUAGAACUUGACAUAACGACAUAUUUUGUGGAACUUGAUUUUACGACAUAUGUUGUAGGACUACUUUAUCUCAUAUGUUGUAGGACUUGACUUUACAACAUAUUUUGUAGGAUGACGUCUCAUAUUUUGUAGGACUUGACUUUACAACAUAUGUUGUAGAACUGGACUUUAUGACAUAUUUUGUAGAACUUGACUUUACGAUGUAUUUUGUAGAACUUGAUUUUACGACAUAUUUUGUAGAACAUGAUUUUACGACAUAUUUUGUAGAACUUGACAUAACGACAUAUUUUGUAGAACUUGACAUAACAACAUAUUUUGUAGGAUGACUUUGUCUCAUAUUUUGUAGGACUUGACGACAUAUUUUAUAGAACUUGACUUUACGACAUAUUUUGUAGAACUUGACUUUACAACAUAUUUUGUAGGAUGACUUUAUCUCAUAUUUUGUAGAACCUGACUUUACAACAUAUGAUGUAGAACUUGACUUUACAACAUAUUUUGUAGGAUGGCUUUAUCUCAUAUUUUGUAGGACUUGACUUUACUGCAUUCUUAAUGUACAUAUACAUAAACGAUGACGUAUAGGAGCGUUUUAAUUUUUAAUGAAAAACUAAAUCCACUUCGGGAAGUUGUCAGAGUGAUGAUGAACACCUGCAGGUUUAUUGCUUUUCUCUGACUAUAUACAGUCCACUUUCCAUUUACAAUCUCUUUUCUGAACUACCAUUAAUAAUUUUAACUUUACCUUCAUUUUCACCCUUAAGUUUUGGUUUUCAGUUGUUCCUUUAUUUAGGUUCAUAAACAUCGCAGACCCUUUCAUGGUGUUAAAAAGCUCAGUUUCCUCUGUAUCUAAAGCCACAGUGUCAGAGAAAAAUUUGAGUAUUGGUGGUUGUCUACACACAAAUGGAGAAGUUGGUGAUUAUUUAUAUGUGAUUUAGCUUCCCUUUCUAAUUAUUUAAAGGUUAAACAAUACCCAGCAGGACACUUGAUAACUCUAAGAAAUGUCUCCAUGCUGUUUGCUUUCAUUAUUUUGUUUAUUCUAAAAACAUAGGGGAUUAUUUGGAGGGCACAUACUCUGUGAUGGCCAAUUCAAACAGACAUGUCCUGGCCAGAUAUUAAAUUUAACAGGUUCCUCCGUCAUCAACCCUCCAAAUUUCCACCAGCUGUCAUUUGGUUUUGUCCAGCAGUUGUGCAAAACAGCAAGAAACAGACAAUCAGUUAUGUACCUCUGCCUAGACUCUCACCUGGUAGACAGGCUCCAUACUAUCCAAAAAAUGCAUGUGUUGCCACGGUUUACCAGAAAGCAAUAUUCAGUAGCAAUAGUCAAUGCCCUCCCCCCUUCAACAUGGGCUCUUCUGUUUUGUAGGACUUGACUUGAUCAUGACCCCACAACUUGCACCAGUUUUGUGUUGUUUUGAAGUCAGAUAGGGCUCUUAUAAAUGAUUUGUGACAUGAUGUGAGAGGGUCAUGUUUUAGGCAAUCUAUAAUGUUUUCAGAAAACUAGUGUUUUUAUUGCCAAAACAUCACCAAAUGGUGAGCAAAAGCUAAAGUUUAAAGAAGAAAUGGACCACAAACGCACAUCUUUUGGAUGAGAAUCAUGUGAAAACAGCCUCCAUAUUUGUAGUUUUUCACCUUUUUAAACACUCAUUUUGUGACGGUUGUAUGUAAGAGGACUUAUAUUCACAUCUACAACUAGUCAAAGUUGUAAGUACGACUUCAGUCAGUGGUUUUUGGUCAAACACAUUUCUCUGAGAGUAUUUUGCCUUAGUUUGCAUUUCAGCCAUCACUGAUGACAUUAAAUGACAAUGAGAAUAAAAAAAUAUGAUCCAUGCAGAGACUAAAGAAUAAUAUUAGAAAAUGAAGUCGCUGCACCGGGGUGAGGACAGGGAAACGUUUCACUCUGCGUCAUUAAAUGACCUGUUAGUGUGAUAGAAUGAACUCUCUAGAGUUUUACUGCAUCAUUAAAGCAUCAGCUGGCGUGUGGAGAGAAAUCUGAUAUCUGAACUGUGCAUUUACAUGUUUCUGUCUCUGCAGAUUCCCUGUAACAAACGUUCAGACACACUUUCCGGCCUGUUGUUUCACAAUCCAGUCAUGUGUCUUAUUUACACAUACCUGAGCUGCACAUCCUGCUUAUUAUCUCUGCUGUGUGACGCCCGACCCUCGCCUCGCCCGCCACUGUGAUCUUUUGCUUAUUCUUCAAAGCGAAUGGUUUUUAGAAUAUUUGCACUGAGUUGGAUGACUGGUGGUGAGAAAUAAAAUAAGAAGAAACUGCCAUUUAAAGAAAAAAAAAAGCUAUUUUUAUAGAAGCAAAACUGAGCUCUGUUCAGAUGUUUUAUGGAACCAAAGAGGCCGUCAUGUUUUUGUAGUUGUAAAUGACUUUUGACAUUUAAAAGAGGCCUAAACACUGUACCAGGGUAUAAUAUCAGUCCAUAGUCAGCUCAAGCUCUUUUCUAUUUUGUACCUAGACAUGGAAUAUGUCAUAUUUUUUUCAUCAAAGUACCUAAAAUAUUAGUUUUCUUUCUUCUUUGUGUUAGCUCUUGAAUCAUUUAGAUGAAGCACAUGCCAUCCCUGUACAGUCCAUGUCAGAUAUGAAUAUGCUUUUGAGAUAUUUUGUGCUUUGUAAUUGUUGGGGAAUAAAUUUCUUUUUACCAGCUGUGUGGAUGUGUUGUUGUAUCAGGAAUAAAUCCAGAAAACACUUGUAAUUAUG